GCUGGGCCGCAGCCAAUAAUGAGUACCGAGGGUUGCACUUUGCUGAUCAUCGUUGGUGGUUAGUACCCAAAGUUGGGUGGCUUGCACAUUUGCAUAUGUGCACUGUAGAUAUAGCUGGCAAGGACCCGAAACCAUGCACAUUAUCGAGGUCCACCGCCCGGGACAAAGCGUUGUCGUCCAGCCGCCAUCAGCACAAAAGAAGAUAGACCAGGUGUGACCUCGGCGCUGCCGUAAGCACGCAAUCGCUCGGAUCACCGAGAUGGCACCAUACUCGGAACCACCAAACAACUGGCGUGCGCGGACUGUCCCCUUUCGACAAUAUUGGUCGUUAGUAUUUAUGAGGAUGGCAAUGGCUUGGAAGUAGCCAUGCAUAAUCUUUGGUGUGUACUGUCAUCUUCCGGAAAAAGAGCCCCUGACUUUUUAGCGAAAUCGAGGCCUUAGAACAGACAACCAAAACUCAAUAUGUCAGUACCACUCAUCAUCCCACCAACGUCUUCUCUUAUCUCUGAGCCCGGUGCUGUUGUUCUCGACGCCUCGUGGCUUUACGAGCCUCCACCUACACGCAAUGCGUACGAAGAGUUUUUAGCGGGUCCUCGUUUCCCCAAUGCACGAUUCUGGGAUUUGGACGCUGUGUCCGAGCCUCAUUCCGAUGGGUAUGCUUUGAUGCUGCCUUCGCCGGAACGCUUUGCAGAUUUUGCGGGCAAGCAUGGAGUUAAGAAGGAUUCACAUGUCAUCGUGUAUGACAAUGAAGGUAUCUUCGCUGGUCCUCGGACGGCGUGGACAUUCAAGGUCUAUGGGCAUGAAAAGGUAUCGGUGAUCAACGGAGGACUGCCGAGGGCGAAGAAGGAGGGUGUCAAGCUCGAGACUGGGUCACCAAAACAGUUCGAAAGAACCAAAUAUCCUGUUCCUACCUUGAAUCAUGAUGCCGUCGUCCAGUUCGACGAGGCGUUGAAACUGGCACAGCGACCAUCAGCCUCCACUGACGGCAUCUUGCUAAUAGAUGCGAGACCUGCAUCAUCCUACCAGGCCGGCCAUAUACCAACAUCCCUGCUUCUGGACUUCCCGUCCUCUCUACUCGAGGACCCAGCCAAGUUCACGUACCUACGAGAACCCGAAGAGUUGAAAAAGCACAUCGCCGAUCAGCUGGGGCAGGACAAGUUGGAGGAGAUCGUCUCCGGUAAAGCGACGGUUGUCAAUACUUGCGGAGGUGGUCUUUCGGCAGCGAUAAACUGGUUAUCUCUCCAGUCCCUUGGUGUAGAUUCUCGACUCUAUGACGAAUCUUGGGGUGGCUAUUCCGCGCGAUUGGGUACGCCUAGAGUAACUGGUCCAAAUCCUUUGUAAAGCUCGUGUCUCGUAGAUCAAGCUUCCUCUACAGUUUGCGCCUCCCAGAGGCCAGUCACGACAUUCUUGCCAUCCCUUUCCUCAACCUUUACGAUGGUUGUUGCGCUCUGCUUGAUUUCUUUGCCAUCCUCCUUUCCUUUGGUCACGUAUGCUGUCCAUUGCCCGACCACACCUGUAGAGCCUGAGUCGUUUGUCGUUGCAAUGUUGAGGUCUUUGAUUUCAACGAUAGAUGCAGAGAAUGCUGAGCGAAAUUGUGUGGUAAUGAGAUUGACAAAGUCGGAACCAGUCAGAGAUGUGCCAUUGAU